AUGCAGUCACAAGCAAGCAUCACACAAGGAAGCGGAGUCAAUUUGCGUAAGAGAUUUUACGAUGAAGGUCCCGCACCUUCGUUCGAGGCCUUCGAGCCAAAACGGGGAUUCUUCUCAGGACUCUACCAAAUGAUUUUUCAUCCAAUCGACUUUUUCACACCAGAAGAGAAGAAGGUUGGCACAGUGACGUUAGAAGUCUUCGAGAGGAAGAGAGGUGGAAUUGUAAUUAAGGCGAAGGAGAACGGAAAGUCGACUUCUGAAACAAAGAAGUUUAUGAAUCAGUCCUCUGACUUCCAAAAAGACGUUGCAAUUAUCAACGAGAACAUUAAGAGCAUGCUCCAAGAUAUAGUCAAAACAACCUCUGUCGGACAAAUCACAAUGAGAAACGACGUUUCCGUUCUCAAGACGGCGUCGACUCUUCCUUUAAUCAAACAAAAGACUGGAAAUGUUGUUGUGACUCCAGAAGAACUUGUACCAAGAAACACCGUGGGAUAG